AGAAAAGGAAAGAACAUUGUUAAAAUUUCGAUUGGAAUCUUUUCAAAUUUUAUAAAAAAUUAUAAAUUGUUAAAGAUUAAAAAUAAUUAAUACAAGUAUAUAUCUAUCUAUCAAAUCAUGAGAGGAUUUAUGCAAUUUUCAAAGAAUAUGUAUUAAAUGAAUAAGAGCAUGAACAAAUGUUCUUUUAAGAGCUUCUCUAGUGCUCCUGUUUUUAGCAUUACUAGUUUCUAAAAUAAGAUGAUUUAGACCUAGAUUAAGAAUGCUUUGGCCUAAUCAAUUAGAGUUAGUUAUCAAUUUAAUGGAGAACGCUUUGCUAAUAUGAUAGAUUUUUCUUUACUUUAAGAGUUAGAAGAAAGCAACGAUGCUGAUGAUGAAAAUAUGCCAAAAGGGAGGAAUAUUGUUCUGAAUUGAUGUCUCUUUCGCGGAUAAAGAGAGAAGUUAAUUGAAUAAAGGAAGAUAGGUAGUAGUAGGAGCAGUAUUUAAGCCAAGUAAGACUUAGAUUUAUAAAAAGAAAAGAGAAGUACUUAGGAUAUAAAUUUACAAAAAAUUAUUAUGAUAAAUUGACCUUAAGAAAACAGAUUAAAAUUUAGUCAUAAUAAAGCUAGCUAUUCUAGGGUGCAAUAUAAAAAGAAAAUUAACGAAUAUCGCAUCUCACUAUGAUAAUUCAAAGCUCUUGUGAGUACGAGUAAUCUAAUCAAAUUAAGAUUAAAGAUAAAUAUUUAAAUUAAUAAUAAAAACUACCUUCUUUAUUCGAUGCAGCUUUUAAAUCACUGUAUUCAUGUUCAAUAUUCUGUAUGUGUUAAUUGUUUAAUAAGAUUAUUAUCCGAAAAUUU